AUGUCGACCACCAACACCGACCGUGGCCGCGUUCCUCGCCGUGCCGUUCUUCCACCAGCAAUCCUUGAAAUCUUCAAGGAAGAUGAACCCGGGCGGCGCCAGGUUGUGGCCAGAAUCACUCGAAGAAACAAAUGCGUAGACUGCGACUUCCUCGGCGCUGCGCCUCGCGAUCUGAGGGCGCACUACAGCAAGAGAGCGAGUCACGGCUUCGUCGCAAAUGGCCCAAGAGAGCAGUGCUUCCUAUGCGGUGAGCAAUUCUGCAUGCGACAGACCUUGGAUGGCCAUCACAAGGUCAUGCAUACGGCUAAAGGUCCGUUUGCGAAGUUGAGGAGCAAUGGCAUCACUUUGCCGGGAGAGACGGCCGCUCAGGCGCAGACUCAUUCGAUGGCGACUGCGGCUACUCCAUUGCCGGCAGCUUCGGUGCGGUCAGGACAAUCCGGUCCACCUGCGUUCGUGGCUUCACCAUCUCUCGGAGCUGAUCCUUUCGACUCGGCCAUCGACCAAGAGCGAGACCACCAAACAGAACAGCUUGAAUUUGGGGAGCGCACUCAAAGAAACGACCGCACCAAUGUCCAUACGCCAAACCAGAGCACUUCACACUCAAUAGAAGCUGCUGGUAUGGCGUUACUCCACCAAUUCAUGGCCGCAGAAGAAGUCGAUCACCAGAGCAGUCCACCACGAGGUGGUGACGUUCCCACCGAGUAUCAGCGUCCGGACACCAACAGCACCUACCCGUCAUCAGGUGUGGAGCAGCGCGGAGAAACCGCCGUAACGCGGCGCUCUGGUGACCAUGGCGAUCAACUCAUGGGUGAAGUUGCUCUCCUCGACGCCUUCGACGCAGAGAAUGGGAAUUGGGAUGUUGACAUGGCAGAAGGUCUUCCAGAUCUUACAGGAGGACCAACUCCAGCAGAGUCGAGCGAGGCUACAACGCCGCACUCCAUGGAUGAUACCAGCCCUGAGUUCGGCAGCCAAGCAGACAAUGGGUACAAGCAGGGGCUGUGUACUCCAGCUUGCGUAGGCAAUUACCACGCCGAGUCCUGCUUCUUGUGGCUGCCGGACUUUUGA